AUGUGGUUUAACUUCCUGCUGCGGUUUCUGUGGACAGGCGGCGAUUCUCCAACCCCACGAUGCAUUCUGGUGAGCCACAACCAGCACGCCUCCAGCCAGCUCCCUGAAGGCUACCCUGGGCGUCCAAGCAAAAGCCAGCUGUUCGAUUCUCUGGAGGUGUAUCUAAACGACAAGAAGAGAUUACAGCCAAUCAUUGGCUUGAGCAGCAUCGUCGAAUGUGUGGGUGCCCAGAACAGGGAGGCGUUGUUCCUGUGUGAGGUGUGUGUGUGUCGGCUUAAUAAAGCCGAUAUGCGCAACCACAUUUUGGGAAGUCUUCACAGAUUCAGCUACAUUAAAGCCUUUUACCCCCACUUCCUGCCUAAAUGGCCGGAUAACUCUGACCUAUCCAAGCUAGCCUGGCCACUCAUGGAGUUGGCUAAGGUGCUGGAGGCCAAAGAAGGCCCUGGAGACGUACAGUAUUUAGAAGUUGAAGAUGUUGUGUACCAGAGGAUGGCAACGCAGAGAGAAAAUCAGGCAGUAAACCUCAUUUACAGCCUGAGAGAAGAAAUGGGUGAAUCUGAGAGCUUCACAGAAACGGCAGCUUUGCACCAUCCCAUCCAAUCAGAGCGGACCGUUUUGUUAAAGCAAAGCCAGCAGAGCGAUCCUGAAACAUCCCCUCAGGCUGACGCAAAGUCAUACAAGAUCUUGACCAGAAUCAGCAGAUUUCCACCUUUACCUCCUGAAGAUGUAGCUUUUUGGGCCGAGUCCCAAGUGUGCUCGGAGAGCGAAUCGGCAUCACCCUUUCUUUAUAAUGACUCAGGGGCCGGGCCUUUUGUUGGUUUGGGGCAUCUAGUUGAGUUGAGAAGUGGAGAUGGCCACUCAUUCGGUUUCUUAUGCCACUGCUGCCGUAUCAAAUCCAAUAAAGAGGACAUCUCUGAUCACCUAACCAGCAUUUCCCAUAUUACUAACUACUUGAUUGAGACUCAGUCGGAUGAGUUUGAUCUGAUCGGUGAAGACAUUCAAGAUAACUACCAGCUUCUCCAAUUACUGGCAGAGAAAGUGGAGCAAAAAGAGGGCAGAAGAGAGCCGCAGGUAGUAAAAGUACCAGAAUCCCAUAUUUGGCAAUUCACUGGCAAAAGUUACCACUGGUGUUUAAAGAUGCUGUCGGGUGGAUUUAGACCCAAAACUAUUCAAAAUAAGACAAACACUAUCAAAGGUCCGUCCGUGAACAAGAUAUCAGUCCGAUGUUUCCCCGGCAGGCGCCCCGUGGGCAUCCCCAGACAGAGAGUCAAACCCAAGAAGAAGAGGACCACCAAGACCAACACUGUGUUCAGUGUGAGCCUGCCUUCUCCCAAAGGCUCAAUGUUGCUCCUGAGGACAUCUUUCAGUGGCCAAAACCAUCAUGAGUCCUGCACAUCUCCUUCUUCCGACCUCGGUCCUGUUUCUUUACUGCAGCCUGAAAUGGGAGACGGCGACACAGCGUCUAGUGAGAUUUACCCUGAGGACGACACCUUUGAGCCCCAAAACUCUCAGUUUGAGCAAGAUUUCUAUCAAGAAGAUGGAGGUGCUGGUGAUCCCUUCCCCAGAGGACACGUCACGUUUACGGCCUCCCAGCACACAGGCGGUUACGGUGCCUUCUUCCAGGAGGCUCAGGACCCGAACGGGACUGAGGACCAGUGCAGGGACUGGAAGCACGAAAGGCAGCAGGGCUCUCACCACCAGUGGAGUAACGGGCUCGGCCACAGCUGGAGAAACGAGGACGCCCAAUGGCAGAGUGAGGAGCAGCCCCAGGACUGGCCGUCCCUCAGGUCCAGGCCUCCGGGGGGCGCCGGCGAGCAGUGGUUUAGCUCCGCCCCUUUAAACGAGGAGGCCGCACCUCAGUCGGGAUAUUGGAGUCGGGAGUGGAACUACACGGACUCAGACGCUGUCCACCAGUGUCCCCAGCAUCAUCCCAGUCAGCAGGCGUGCUGGGGGGACCCCCGGCGCCCCCCGGGGGCCAUGUGGUGGCGUUACGGCGCCCCCGGCGGCGCCGCCCCUCACUCCGCCGCGGCCGGCGCCAGCGUGCACGGGCCGUCUGAAACCGCACACCCCGCCCUGAACUUUCAAAAGACCCGUCCGGGGGAGUGGCAAAGGUCUUCACAGUCGACCGUCGACCAUUUCCAGAUGUCUCUGCUGGAUCAUGUGACCCAUCAGGGCGCCACGCCCCCCAACGGCGUCUCCGGACCCGCCUCCAGCCCGGGGACAUUAUGUUAUCCCGUAUCCAACGGCAACGGGCUGCGUGUGAUGCAGGCCCACGGUUUCCUCCCCCCCGAGCGAGCGGCCUGCUACGGGGGGAGCUAUUUCUGA